GCUCAGGUGAGAAAGGGCCGUCUGCGCUCUGGGUGAGGGUUUUCUGGGGUUCUGUGGGGACGGAGGUGGUUGCUGUUCCACCCUAACGAAACAGAUACUCUGAAUUGAAGUCUCAGCUGUGGAGAAAUAUCAGCAAUUAAGUCACCCCACCCCCCACUGGCAAACAAUUGGAAAAGAAAAAUCAAGCCUUCCUACCACCACCUGAUUUGUCCUCAGGCGAUUGGUUCAGUUCAAAAAGUCCAACUCAAUUGUGUCAGUCUGCACCUGUCUCAGGAAUCUGAAAUCAUGGAUCACCCACAUAUGCUUUGAGACAUGCUUUAGAUUUUUUUUCUUGAAGCCCUGCAACUUCUCUAAAAAUUGAAUGUUUUGUAGAACAGACCUAUGGCCAAUGGUGGCAGAGUCUACAUAGAACUAUGCUUCGUGGUGUUCUGGGAAAAACCUUUCGACUUAUUGGCUAUACUAUUCAGUACGGCUGUAUAGCUCAUUGUGCUUUUGAAUACAUUGGUGGUGUUGUUAUGUGUUCUGGACCAUCAAUGGAGCCUACAAUUAAAAAUUCAGAUAUUGUCUUUGCAGAAAAUCUUAGUCGACAUUUCUAUAGUAUCCAAAGAGGUGACAUUGUGAUUGCAAAAAGCCCAAGUGAUCCAAAAUCAAAUAUUUGUAAAAGAGUAAUUGGUUUGGAAGGAGACAAAAUCCUCACUACUAGUUCAUCAGAUUUCUUUAAAAGCCAUAGUUAUGUGCCAACAGGUCAUGUUUGGUUAGAAGGUGACAAUCUACAGAAUUCUACAGAUUCGAGGUACUAUGGACCUAUUCCAUAUGGACUAAUAAGAGGACGGAUCUUCUUUAAGAUUUGGCCUCUCAGUGAUUUUGGAUUUCUACGUGACAGCCCUAAUGGACACAGAUUUUCUGAUGAUUAGCAAAAAUUUAUUCUUUUGACUUGAUUAUUGUCCCUGUUCAGGUGAAUUUAUUACUGCCAUUGAAACCAUGUACUUACCAAUAAACUUAUGCUAUUCA